UCGCUUGGCGUGCAGCUACGUUGUGGUUUUGCGCCGUCUUGUUGGCAGCUGUUGGACACUCUGCUGUGUAAACAACAGAGACUGAUGACAACAUGGAGAAUAACCACACCUUCCUUUACUUUGCAUAUGGUAGUAACCUGCUGAAGGAGCGGCUCCAGCUCAAGAAUCCCUCUGCGACAGUACACUGUGUGGCCAGGCUCAAGGACUAUAAAUUGGUUUUUGGGAACCAUAAAGGCCUCGCCAGUGACCGGUGGCAUGGAGGUGUGGCUACCAUAGAGCACAGUCCAGGGGACGAGGUGUGGGGUGUGGUGUGGAGGAUGAACAUGUCGGAUCUGGAGUCUCUAGACAGUCAAGAGAAUGUGACGUUAGGUGCGUACAGUCCUGUGGAGCUAUCAGUGAAGACAAAGGGUCAGGAGCUCAACUGCCGUACUUACAUAAUGAACAGCUGUGUGUACGCCCCACCGUCGCCUCAGUACCUACAGGUGAUUGUGAUGGGAGCAGAACAGAACGGCUUGCCAAAGGACUACCAGGAGAAACUGCGAUCAAUCAAGACCAACAUGUAUGAGGGUCCCCUACCCGUGAUGGCUGAACUGGAGCGAGCCAGAAGAAGAGCCAAAGAGAGGGCCAAGCAUCGUUCUGAUGCCUAAUCAUCCAACACAAUUCUGGUCCACUAUUUACUACAGGAAAAUCCUUGUGACACUAUAUUGACCCCCAACACUGUAGACUUCACCUUAGCUAGCUAGUUUGUCUUAGAACCAAUCUUACUUUUAGCUACUAUGUCUAUGAGCAAAAAUGUGACCUCUGUCAAUCAGUGAAAGAAUACAGGAAUACAGCAGUGA